AUGGAUACUAGCACUACAACUACAACUACAACUACAUUACAACCGGUAGCGGCUUUGCGGCUGAAACCAUCUAGAGCAAAAACUUCAUCAUCUAUUCAAACUAUACAUAAUUCAACCCAAGAUCAACCACCAAAAUUUAAUCAUCAAAAAUCUUGCAUCGAAUAUCCUACCAUACAUGAAUCCUCAUCAUCUGAACCAAAUACACAACCGCCAUUUUAUUCACAGACUUCAAGCUCUUCUACAUCAGACAUUCCACUUCCCACAAGUCUAGUCACAGGAAGAAAAGCAACUCGAUCUUUACGUAUAUUUCGUGAAACGGUAAAAAAUGAAGAAUCCCGACCUAGCAAAAAUGACCAAGAAGAUUCUUCACGAGGCAAAAUAGCAUCUCCAAGUCCAAUCAAACCAAUCACCACAGAAGCUAUAGAAUUAGAGCCAGUAUCAUCAGCAACUUAUAUACCUCAUACACCAGCAGUUGACCACUAUGUUACUGGGCUCAGCAAAGAAUAUUCUCCGGACCCAAGAGAAUCAACUGGUCCUCAGCAUUUGAAAGCUAAUGUGGAGUAUGAUCAUGGCUUAAAUGGAGAUAUAACAAACAUAUCAUCCCUUUAUAAUACUAUAGAUACCCCUGAUGAAAUUAUUGACAUUGAAAAGGCAUUAAUUAGACUUUCAAGAUCAUCUACCCCUCAAAUCGAAGAAAAGUCAACCAUUCCCCAAAUACCAACAGUUGAAGAUUUCCCCUUUAUUCCCCCUCCCAAUAAUAAUAAUGAACAAAUCGAACCACAAUUCCCAUUGGCUGUUGAAUUAAGACCAUUCAAGAAUAGAGUUGGAGGACAUACGGCAAUUUUUUCAUUUUCAAAACGUGCUGUUUGUAAAGCAUUAGUAAAUCGAGAAAAUCUUUUUUAUGAAACUAUUGAAUUACAUCAUUCUAACUUAUUAAAAUUUAUGCCAAAAUAUAUUGGAGUUUUAAAUGUUCGUUAUUCAAGUGUUAUUAAUGAAAGUGUUGAAGAUCUUUCUGAACAAAAAGAAAAGGAAUUGUCUAGUCAAGAUUUAAAAAAUAAUGGCAUUGACAUCACCCCAACCAAACCUUUACGGAAACAUCAAGAUAUUAUGUCGGGAUUAAUGACUCCUGAAGUUGUAUUAGAUGAUAAUAAACAUAUUAUCCCCGAUGAAUUAUGGAAAAAAUAUUCCUCGUCAUUACCCUCUCCAAAAUAUGGUGAUUCGGAUUUGACAACAGGUAAUGGUAUGUUAGGAUCCAAAAGUAUUCAACUCACUCGUGAUCAUUCUGUCCUGAGUUCAAUUCAUUCACCAAGACUAUGUAAUCCGGGAUCAACUUGUAUCAACACCGAAUUACAAGUUAAAGUAUUACAAGAAGUUUUUGAACCUUCACUUAAAUUGAAUAAUAAUGGAAGUCAUAAUGAUGAUAUUUUUAGUAUGGAUGAUGAAGCUGCUGAUAAUGAUCAUUCAAAAUCUCCAUCUCCAUCAAUUAUGUCCAUGAAUUAUUCUUCAACUUCUCCAAUACCUGUUUUACGUAAACAUACUCGAUUUGAACGAUUUAUAUUAUUGGAAGAUUUGACGAGAAAUAUUAAUCAUCCCUGUGUUUUGGAUUUAAAAAUGGGUACUAGACAAUAUGGAAUUGAAGCCAGUGAGAAAAAGCAACAAUCACAACGAAAUAAAUGUCGAUCAACAACUUCAAGAAAAUUAGGAGUUAGAAUAUGUGGAUUACAAAUCUUCAAGCAUAAUAAUCAAAGAAUAUUUAAAGAUAAAUAUUUCGGAAGAAGAGUUAAGAUUGGUAAACAAUUUUGUAAAAUCUUAGCCAAGUAUUUAUACAAUGGACGAGAUAAUUAUUCAAUCAUGUAUCGAAUCCCCAAUCUAAUUGAUCAACUUGUCGAAUUAUAUCAAAUCUUCCGAGAAUUACCCGGAUACAGAAUGUAUGGAUCCUCGAUUUUGUUAAUGUAUGAAGGAGGUGGUGAACGUUAUGAUCAUGUCAAUGUGAAAAUUAUCGAUUUUGCUCAAUCGGUAAUUGCUGAAACUGAAGAGAAUCAAAAACCAAAUAUCCCACCUCAACAUCCAAAAUUACCAGAUAUGGGAUAUUUGCGGGGACUUAAUUCGUUGAUUGGUUAUUUUAAGUUGAUAUUUAAGAUUAUUAGUGGUGGUAGAGGUGAUAGAAAUACUGAUGAAAUGAGAGCAUGGUUGUUGAAGCAUAAAUUGAAACUCCAAUCUGAAAAUAAUGUAUGGUUGGAUGAAUAUGCUGAAGCUAACAAUCAAGGUGAACAAGAUGAAAUUGAAGAUGUUGAAGAGGAAGAUGAUCCAUUUGAUAUUGAAUAUCCUGGAUAUACAGAUGUUGAAGAUGAAGAGAUUUCAGAAUAA